AUGUCGGGCAUUAUCGAAAAGGCUGCCACUAUGGACGAGAAAACCGAACUUCACCACGUCUCCCGUCCCAAGCGGGAUACGUCUGGCUCGCUCGACUUAGCUCCCACUGAUACGGCCUUUACUCAGUGUUUCAGCUAUGCCACAAGGCAUGCUAGUAAGAGAAACUGGAUCGGCGUCUAUCCGUCUGGCAGCACUGGUCCGGAAAACGAGACUUACACCGGGGACUCUCUCUCAUGGGGAUAUGCUCAGGGCGACAAGGGAGUAGUACAGUUAUCAACUGAAAAUCUUCCUCCAGGCCAGUACAAGGCCUACUUUCUCGCUGAUGAAGGCUACAAGUGGUUGGCCAAGCCCGUUGUAUUCAAGGUGGCGAAUCCUUGGGGCUCCAUUUCAGUCAGUGAUGCCGGCUCUUCCUUUACAUUCAAAUACUCGACGCCCCUUCCUGAUUCUCAGAACUGGAUUGGCAUCUACAACUCUUUUGGCGGCGGACCAAAGUGGCAAAGAUUCAUCAGCGGGUCCUUGACUUGGGCUUAUGCCCCUGAUAGGAAUGGGACCGUCAAGAUCGAUGCCUCUGCUUUGCAGCCAGGUCUGCGGUAUAGAGCCUUCUUCCUUGCCAAGGGAGGGUACAAGUGGCUCGCUAACCCUAUCGAAAUUGCCAAGCCCGGAAAUGGUCCGUUGGCCUUUAUUGUCGACCAAUUGACUACACACAAUGCUCGCGUAGGCGAGCCUUUCCACGCUACCCUCAGUGGAAUGCUGGAGAAUCCACGUGAUGCCAACAGCAAGUUCGCCAAGGGCAAGUACAGCGCUGCGGAUGCAAGAACCCACGGCUGGGUCGAUAUAUCGAACGACGGAGUUCUCAGUGGUACGCCACCCAAGGCAUAUGGAAACACAACGACUGAAUUCAUUGUCGAGGCUCUGGGAUCAGAUGGGUCCACCGCUGAAAUCACGGUCGUCAUCCCCGUCAUCCCAAAGGGCCAGCUUUUAGUUAGGGAGCUCACCGUCUUGUCAUUCAACCUGUGGUUUGGAGGCACACAAGUCAAGGACUACCAUGCGAAGCAGAUUCGCUUCAUUACGAACGCCGGAGCUGACAUUGUCGGACUCCAGGAAAGCACCGGAGGACACGCAAUUCGUCUCGCAAAUGCCAUGGGCUGGGACCACUGGCAGGGAGAUGAUGUCGGCAUCAUUUCUCGAUAUCCCAUGGUCAAGCAGUAUGGUCCUGUCGAGGCGGCCGGUGCUGUACGUAUAGCCUUGGACAGGGGUCACGAGAUCAACUUUUGGAAUUGUCAUUUGGGCUACACGCCAUAUGGUCCAUACGACUUUUGCUUCGACCACCUAUCCCCAGAUGAGGUUCUUAAGAACGAGGCCAAGUCUCGCCGUACGCCUCAGAUUGUUAAUAUCAUGAAGCACAUGCAGAACCAUCUCUCGCAAUCCGGCACUGUCCCUGUCAUCUUCGCCGGUGAUUUCAACGCCCCAUCACAUCUCGACUGGACAAAUGCCACCAGGGAGCUUCACUGCGGAAUCGGAUACUUCCCCUGGCCAACCUCCAAGCAUCCAGUCGAUGCAGGAAUGGUUGAUUCCUUCAGAGAAGUCCACGGGGACCCUUUGACGAAACCCGGCAUCACCUGGUCGCCCAUUUACCUAGACAACGAAGGUCGAACCGAGCCCAAAGAUCGCAUCGACUUCAUCUAUCACAAGGGCCUCAAGACCAUUUCGUCGGAAGCUGUCGUGGUUGGCCAGCCCAAGGCGCAGCCAGACCACUACUACAACGAAUGGCCCUCAGACCACGCCGCGGUAAAGACCGUCUUCAAAGUAGACAAUGAUGGAUCUUCUGGAUCAGGCGACCCCCGCGUCCGUUGGGGCAUGUUCAGUGCCGUAAUCGCCGCGACAGUUGCAUGUGCUUCGUGGAUCAUACGCACCUGCAUCCGCAAGCGCAAGUCGGGCAAGGAUUUCGAGAAGGGCGGGAAGGACGGCGAUUCGAGUGGAACAUCUGAGUAG